UCUCCAUUCCAGCGAGGUCACUCCCUUCUGCAAGUGACGGGACGGCACCAAGGUCACCGAGCAGUGCGGAGCGUGAGUGCUGGACGAGGUGCUUCUCUCUCCGGAAGCUCCCGGGCCUGCCUCUAGCUUUCCAGUGCUUGCAGACAGCUCCUCAUGGAUCUGAUACUUUGGAUACUGACGAUGGGCCUGGCUCUUGUGGUUGGCCUGUUUGUGCUGCUGGUUUCUGGGGUCAUUUACACCGUUUUCACAGACUCUGUUCUGCCCGCGGACAUCCAGGGGCCAGGCAAACUCAGACUCAUCCACGGAGCACAGGUGGCUAUCGGCACUCUGGGAAACAUCAUCCAGAACCUGGGCUUCGGAACUCAGAUCUCGGCUGUCCGAUACCUGCGCAGAAAGUUACUCAUGAUAUCGCUGAAGGAAGAGGCUGGGCUGGUUAUCCAGGAUGUGCACUUUGAUGGCGUACCCGUGAGGGUUUAUCAACCACCAUUGGCAGACACCGGCAAGAGUCAAGGGGUCCUGUAUUUUCACGGAGGAGGAUGGGUGUUUGGCAGUAUAAAUGAUUACGACCGCCUGUGCCGAUAUAUUGCCAGGGAAACGGGCUCAGUCGUGGUUUCUGUGGAGUACCGGCUUGCACCCGAGCACAGGUACCCCACCCAGUUUGAAGACUGCCUAAAGGCCACACUGCACUUCAUGAAGAAUGCAGCAGACUACGGCGUGGACGACUCCAGGAUCGUUGUGAGCGGGGACAGUGCUGGCGGCAACCUAACAGCAGCCAUUUGCCUGAGAGUCACUGAGAUGGAGGGGACCGCAGGGCUGCCACGUCUCCGAGCCCAGGUCAUGAUCUACCCUGCCCUCCAAAUGGUCGACUUCAGCCUCCCCUCUUACCAGCAAAAUCAGUCGGUGCCACUCCUGUUCCGAACACGUAUGAUCUUCUUCUACCUGCACUACCUGAACGGGGACUUGUCAGUGGCAGAGGAAGUGUUGAAGGGCCAGCAUCUGUCUGUGCAGCUCAAAACCAAGUACAGGAGUUGGAUAAGUGCGGAUCUGAUCCCCGACGAUUUUAAAGCCAGAGGUUACAGUCCCAGCCCUCUGCUACCACAUGAGGAAGAUGUCUUUAACCUUAUUCAACCCAGCUUGGAGCCAACCUUCUCCCCUCUUCUCGCCAGUGACGCUGCCAUCAAGAAGUUGCCACCAGCAUACAUUCUGACGUGUGAGUUUGAUGUGCUUCGGGAUGAUGGACUGCUGUUCAAAAAGAGGCUGGAAGAUAAUGGUGUUCCUGUCACCUGGCACCAUGUUCCAGAUGGUUUCCACGGGAUAGUCAGCUUCUUUGAUAACGGCUACCUGACGUUCCCAUCUGGAAAACGAGCUGUUGAUAACAUUAUCGCCUUCCUCAAGGACAUAUAAUGCAUCUUCAGUAAAAUGUAUUUUUAAUCUUUUUCCUUUGUAUAGCUAUAUCUGUGGUGUAAAAUUAAUGUGUGACGUAUUUUUUCAGAGUCAACCUCUGGUACAUGUACUGUGGUAGUUGUAAUGAUCUCCGUGCAAAGACUUCAUUAGCCAGAAACAUAAAGAUGUGUGCUUGGUCAAAUUGCUGGAUUCUGUGGGUCG